CAGUGUCCAAGGUGCCACUCCUCACGACAUAUUCUUUCUCAGCUUUCCGAGGUGACAACAAGGCUUUCAGCUCAAUCAGGUUAUUUGUUCUCCGUUUGUGGUGAAGUUCAAGAGCCAAUGGCACACCCCUUGACAAAGUGGAACUCAGGCCUCUAUGACUGUUGUGACGACAAAAGCUCUUGCUGCUAUGGUUUCUGGUGCUGCCCUUGCAUGGCCUGCUCGGUUGCAGGAAAAUUUGGAGAAAACCAUUGUCUCCCGUUAUGUGACAUGUUGAGUCCUGCCAUCACAUCAGCCAUUGGCAUCCCUCUGUGUGUGCCUCCUGCAGCCUUGGCUCUUCGGGUUGGCAUUCGACACAAAUAUGGUAUCAAGGGUUCUCUCUGUAAUGACAUCGCCACUUCCUGUUUCUGUGAAUGGUGCUCCUACUGUCAGAUGCAUCGUGAGUUAAAGUACCGCAAGAAAAACAAGGGUGUUGUGAACAUGCAGCCCCAGUAAUGACGGCUCUCGGAUACCCACCUUCUGCUGGUUUUAGGAGCCAACAAUGGCUUGUUCAUUGUUAGUUCAUGCUGAGCUUUGUGGCUCCAAAUUGAUCUGCUCUGUUUUGUUCAAGACAUUUGAUUUUGCUGAGAUUCAUUGUGUGACGUUGACAUUGUGAUCAUCCACUGUUAAAGCUGAUUACUUUUGGUUAAGUGUUGAAGGAUACAGUCCUUUAUUGGACCUUUUUUUUUUGCAGAGAUAUACAUAGAUGUAGUCACUUUGAAAUGUGUCCCUUUGGCAUGGGUAGUCUUUCUAGACAUACAGACACAUGACCUAAUUGGACAAGGCAUGCAGAAAUUAAUGUUUCAGAUAUGAAAAUGAGCAGCAGCGGUGCACGGUGACGAAGUGGUGUUUAAUGUAACUGUACAUUUUUGAGUUGUGAUUUUUCUAUUAUUGAUGGGAAAGGCUGGAUCUACAGAGUAACUUACACUUGCAGUGUUACAGCACAGAGGGAUAUUUCUUUUAAGCUUGCUUUACCAUGGAAAAUAUGUUAAAUUGUAUAAAAUGAGAUGGCUAUAGCUUUUCAGAGCAUUGCUCAAUUGAGGAGAAAGUGGUUGGGUGUGUUUAAAACAAAAAUGGCUGUGGUCAGGACGCUUCAUUUGCACUUCCACAGUGGCUGAAUAAAUGCAAAAUGAGCAGUCUUAUUUCUGCUUAGUCAUUUUUAAAUCAUAUUUCUGUCUGUCAUAUUUUCUGUUUUGGGCUAUGAAUACAAGACCAAUUUUUGUAUCACUCAUAAUGUAAUCUACAGACCAUCUGAAAGGUGUCAUAUUAAAUGAAAAAGUCUAAUGAUUUAAUAAAGGGCAUCAGGGAUCACUGAAA